AUGCGCGUAGGCGCUGGCCGUCCGAGACGCGGCGGAGACGUCCGGGACGCGGCGCAUUCGCUCCUCCCCGUGCCCGUGCGCGUCAAGUUCCACAAAGUUUAA